UUGGGAGAAAGUCCAGAGCCUCUUCCAAGAUGCUUGUGGUCCUGCUCACAGCAGCCUUGCUAGUCCUGAGCUCAGCUCAGAGUUCAGACGAAGAUUUGAACAAUGAUUAUACAUCUGAUGUCCAACCAAUACCCAAUCCUGCAGAGAAAACCCAGGACUCAGAGUUANGUCCUUCUGCUGCUGCUGCAAAUAUAGGGAAUGUCCAAGAGUGUGAAUCAUCAUUAUUAGUAAAAGUGGAUCCUUUGUCCAACUCAGGGAAUGAACAGCAAGUAGAACCGAAGGAAUCACAACAGGCAGAGAGUCGAGCGCAUUGUGACUCCACUGGAAAACAAGAGAAAAAUCAACCUGGAGAAAAAAAUGUAGUGGAGGUUAAAAAUUUUCUGUCCUCAUCUCCUGAAAACUCACAAGGUUCACCCCAACAAAUACAUUCAAAGCAGAAACCUUUGAUUGAGGGAGGACCUGGUCAAGAGAAAAAACCUCCUAAUCGUCUUAUAUUGUUCCGACCAAGAGGAAUUAAUUAUGAUGUACCUUUUUGGUUAGGGUCCCGGAGAAAUUAGAGAGUACCAGAUGAAAAUAUGUCCUUCAGUUGUAAAAGUCAUCAAAUCCAGGUUGAUUGACUAUACUCUUCCAAUAAAAUUUUCAGCAU